CUAGUUAACUUGGUUGGAAUAACGGGUUCUUCUAGUUUCUGAUUUUUUGACUCUUUAUUGAGUUGACUAGGUUUUAUUCGUAGUCUAGCUGUACUUUAUAAAAACUACCAGUCUCAUAGUAUUCCGUUAGGACGCAAAGAGGUUUCACGAACAAUGCAGUGAUGUUUGAUUUUGUGUUUUAAGUGAAUGUUUUUAAUGGCGGCGUACUGCAAAAUGUUUAUGUGAAAAGUGUUAAUACAAAUUGGAAUUAAUUAUUGUAAUGAGUAGGACCGUUGGUACAUGUUGCCGUGGUUUGGGGCGGUGAUGGCGGGUAGGGCGGAUGGCGGGGGAUGAGCCGGCUGCUGUGCUGUCUGCGCGCGCGUCACGACAUGGGCGCCGCGCUCUCGCACCCGCAGGAAGGGGAGGCGUGUGACGGUGGUGGGCCCGCCUCGCCGCCAACCAUGGCCGACGUGAUACGUGAAAGAAAGAAGAAAUCUGGCGGUGCAGGACUGGGUACUCUGAGACGGAGAAUUGCGGCCGCUGCACGCCGGCCCCGCGACUCUCGGCCUGAUCGCGGAUGCGAACAUGCACGGUAUAUUCGAUCGGUCGUAAGUGAUUGGCGCGUGGCAGAGGUGUUUCUGCUAUGCGCCGAGUUGGAGGCGGGGGCGGCCCUUCGGGACCUGGUGACACAGGCGGAGUUGGCACGCGAGCCGGCAGCAGCCUUGCACGCAGAUCUGGCGGCGUUGUUACGUGACAGAGUGGCCUGUGAUGUGGAAGUAUGCGGCGCGGGUUGGGCCCUACCAGCUCAUAGGCUCAUAUUGGCUGCACGGUGUACAUACUUCAGAGAUUUGAUGCAUCGGUAUCCCAAGUCGAGUCGUGUGCCAUUGGAGGGUGCUUGUGCAGGGCUACGCAGGGAAGAGGGCGAAGCCCUUCUCUUGGCCUUGUACGCUGGGGCUGCUCCGCCGCCAACGCCGCCCUGUCCUGCCUGUCGCAAAUGGGAGCGUGGUAUGGGCUCUGAAGUUGACCUGGAUAUCAUCAGUGUUGAGAAUACGGCUACUUACCGUCGAUCAUGUUCUUGUCGUCGUGAUGUGUCGUCCAUACGUCGUCUGUCAGCCAUACUUGGGUUUUCACUCGAUUCGCUUUACAGAGAUAUCAAAUAUUUACUGGAUUCUGGCGAAUCAUGCGAUGCCCGUUUAUCAUGGCGGUGCGAAGGUGGAUCGGCGUACGGUUUCCGCAAUGCCCUGGAACUGCCUUGCCACACCCUCCUUUUAGCUGCAAGGUCACCGUUCUUCCGUAGUGUGAUGUGUCGUCGCGGGUCGACAGGCGUCGGCGUAGGUGGGACGGUGUGUGUCGAUGAGAAAGUUCUUCCAAGGAGGUUCGCGCACGCUUUGUUGCACGCCGCGUAUACGGACCAGGUGGAUCUUAGCUUGAUAAGCCGCAACACAUCAUCGCCUUCAACGAGCGGCAACUCAACGGGGACAGCAUCGCGCAGUGGUCGGAGCUCAACUACGUCACAGUUGGACGACGCUUUUCAGCUCUACGAAAUAGCAAGAUUUUUGGAGAUGGCAAUCGUGUCCCAAGGUUGUGAAGACGCUAUUCUGUUCGCUUUGUCGCCUGAGACUUUGCCCCACGUCCUCCGUUGGUGCGCACAGCCCCACGCCAGUGCUUGGGUCUAUCGGCAAGCAAUGCGUUACCUUCGCGAUGAGUUCCCCACGAUAAUGUCCUGUGCCGCAUCAGCGCGGUUGCCAAGGGCGGCCUUGGCGGAGGCCCUGUCUUCGCAGUUCCUUCAGGCAAGCGAACCUCAAGCAUUGAGAGCUGCAUUGCGGUGGGCUGAACGGGCUGCGGAUACGAGAGAUGGAGGUUCGUGCGAGCCAAACGUAGUAUGGCACACGGCGCACUCGGUGUCGCGACGUGCGCGUGGCGGGCGACGUCGUGACGUCAGCGAGGCUGGGGUGAGGGACGCCCUCGCUUCUCUCGUCCCGCACUUGCGGACUGAACAUUUGCCCGCCGAUUGUGACCUACUUCAACAGAUGAUCCGCCGUGGUCUGAUCCCUGCGCCAGCACACCUGGAAAGUGGUGUCAACUCAGCCGACGCAUGGUUGGGGCGCGGGGCGUUUCGUUCACCUCGCUGUUUUCUGCCAUACCUCGAUGAGAUUAAGGCGCUAGUUAGUUCCCAAACAGCCCCAUCCGCGGAACUAGCGGCUGAACGUCGCGCUCGGAUGCUGCACAGAAUCCCCGACGCACUGUACAUGUUACGGGAUAUAGCGCCCGAGCCGCGUGCGAGCACCGAGCACGCGUGCAUCCCGCCACGGUUGUUGUCGCGUGCACGUGCACGUGUACGUGAAUUGCGUGCGACUCCGAACGCAGCGCGUGCGCUGGCCCUACACUCGGAUCAGAGGCCCGUGAAUAGGCAGAUAGCGUUGCGGGCGGUUCGGGAGAUGUCGCUGCCCGAUGGAUGUGCCGAGUUGUUGUUGGAUGGAGAGGAUAAUGACAGAGAGUCGACAGUCGCGAGUGGGGUCGAGGGCCGAAGCGAGUCUCGCGGCGCGACUUCAGCCGAAGUGGAGUGUUGCAGGUCAAGUACUCGAUGCGGUUCAGCCGGUAGUCUCAGAGCAGUGCCUUCACUGCAUUUGCCCACUGAACCUCAUAGUACGGGCUCCUGUCGUCGCGAGUUACCCGCUAGGCCGCCUGACACACCACAUAGGUCCACAUUGGGUCGCUUAUCGGCAGCUGUUCCAGACGUGGCCAUGGCCCCGAAUGGGAACACUCACUUGCUGACGCCGCAUUAUCUUUAUACGAGACAUGCGCAUGCGCCGAGACCAGAAUAUGGAGGAGGCGUGGGCAGUGCAGGCAGCGCGGGCAGUGUGGGCAGCGUGAGCAGUGUGGGCAGUGUCGGUGCUGGUCUCGUGCAACUCGAUUUAGGAGAUGGCGCUACGCACACUCCAAGACCUGGUUCUCGUGCACAGCGAGCUGCCAUGUCUGCAAGGACGCACAGAGAGCAUGCGCAGAGUUCCUCUUGUGGCCGUGGACGGACAACUGACGACGACGAUCUGCGUGUGGCUAUAGAACUCUCUGUUAUUAGAGCGUACGGAUCUCUUCAGGCGAGCGGACGUCGUGCCGAUUUGUUACCAAAUACUGAUUUUUCAGCACUCCGCAGUCGUGCUUCCCCGGCGCUUUCGCUGGAGGGAGCUGUACCAAGGAGCAUAGAGGGAGCGGCCGGGGGCAGCAUGCAGAGAGCUCGGAGCGCUAGGCAUUCGCCCCAUGCGAGGACAUUGUCAGUUAGCGGCAUAAGCGGAGUGAGCGGAGCGGAGCGGGUCAGUCAGGAGAGGGAAUACGAUAGAGAGGGUGGGGUUUACAGUGGUGAAAGUAGCGUCAGUCGUGGUCGUUCACACAGCCCUGCUUAUCGCUCCUAGCGCACACACAGACCCGACGUACGCCGGGCAGACUGACGUCAUAGUACGCACCUCAAGACGAAUAGACACACGCACUGACAUCAAUAAUUGUUCAGCACUUCCUGAGGUGUACUAAAAGACUUUAUAAACAAGUUAAUGUAAUUAUAAGGAAGUUUGGCGCACACGAAAGAUAUGAUUGAAUCGCGUUUAAGCUUUGGACAGUAUUAUGAAAUUCUCGCUUAUCAAGCAACGAUGUCUAGUCAAUAUAAUCAAGGCUAAAUAAAUAAAUAAAUAUAAUAAAAUUUAAAAUGUGUCAAAAAAUUAUUUUAUACUACUGUUUGAAUUUUUAAAACCAGAUAAAUAGUAUUAAUUUCGGCCAUAUUUGACAUUUUAGUGUGCGUCAAACUAAUGUAAAAUAAUGUAAAUAAUUUGUACAUUCUCUAUAUAUAAAUUAUGUAAAAUCUACUCUAGUUCCUUCUCUAUCUGUAAGCGAUAGAAAGAGACGCGACAUAUUAAAAUUUUAACAAGUGACAGUGACAGAUUCGUUUAAUGUUAGUUUAUUUAAAUAUAUUUCUAAAACUAAAAUGUCAAUAGUAAAAUAACUGUCAACUUUUAUGUGUCAAAUGUCCACUGUCAUAAUUGACAUUUGAGUUUGCUGUACGUUCUAGUGAUGUCCCUUUCUAAACGCAUACGAAAGAGAUGGAAGCACGAUAAUGCAAUAUAGUAUAGUGGUUGUGUAUUAUAUAAGCGACCAAGAUAGUAUGUACGUUGGAUUUACUGUCAUAAAAAUGUUUCAAAAAGAAUACAAUUGAAAUGAAAUUAUUGCUCCAUUAAGUAUUCCAAAAUACUCAAGUUUAUGUUUUAAAUCCUAAACUACACUGGCACUAAAAACAAAAAUAUAAUCCAGCUAACUUACGUCAGAAGAAAACACUAUUUACCGGAUUGAAGCUAUGUAUUAUUGUAACUUUGGACAAUAAUACAUAGCUUCAAUCGGGUAAAAAAGUGUUUUCUUUAAAUGUGUAAAAGCUAUAUUAAUAAAAGACUAUGUUAACUAAUACUAUGUUACCACGUUCGCUUUCAAGUAUUACGUCACGCAAUUUUUGGAGAUUCUUACCCCCCCCCCCCCCCAUGCAACGCGCCGUUUUGAAACGAAGUCCCUUAGCUUGGAGGGGAUAGGGAUUUUGUUGCGCGACCGAACUGAAAAAAGUCCGUGGAAAAAAACCGUUAAAUGAGACGUGCGCAGACGCGACAGUCGCAUACACAAGCGAGUAGUGUAUGUAAUACCUCUUUUUCCCUCUUUCUUUUCGUUCUCUCAUCCCUUCUCUUUCUAUUACCACUCCACCCCGCCAAUGCGUAGUAUAUACGCAUGAAUUCAUGGACAAGCAUGGCGAAUACUCACAUUAUACAUACAUUUGCAAUUUGUGUCGAUACUAUAUUAGGCAACUUCGUUCCUACCUGGUGUCCAACGACAUCACAUCAUUUUUUUUAUUGACCACAGUGACUCUUUAUACCCAAUUAUAUGAACAAUGACGCGUAAUUCAAUCUGGCAUCGUAACGUGUUUUAGAGGGGACCCCCCCCCCCUCUUCCAAAAUUCGUUACGUAAUACUUGAACGUGCCCUUAGUGUUUUCAAAAUUGAAUUGGUACUAAAUCCUAUUGACUAAUUGAGUUAGGAAUUGUCGAAAAUAAGUGGUUAAGCUUGCUGAAUUCGAUUUUUGUUGUAGUCUUAGGCCAGUGUUGCAUUUAUUUUCAUAAUAUUUAAAUUAAUACAAAAUAAAAAUAAUUACAUAGUAUUAAAUUUAAUAAACGAUUUUUUCAAUUAAGUAAUUCUUAAAUGACAAUUGGUUUAUAUUUUAGAAGUAAUCAGUAAUCACACAUUUAUGACAGUAGAUACAUAAAUUGAUGCACAUAUGUUAGUUUACAUGUAAUUGAAGGUAACUCGCUCGUUUCCUAUUAAAGUGAAAAGGACAGGUAUAACGUUUGACAUUACGUCAUAAUUUGAUGAUUUGACAUUUAUGUUGUGACAGUUUUAUUUUGCAAUCCAAAUUUUUUACGUAUACUGAAUUGAGGCAGUCCUUUUCUAUUUCGUUGAAGAUGAGCGGGACGUACAUAUUUCGGUUCGGAAAACUCACACGGAUUUGUGUCCCAUAUGAAACUCUGUUAUUAUUUUUCUUUCACUUGUUUCAUAUACAUCAUUCUCAAUAGGACGAAUAUUUUUCGUGAUUCAGUACACUCGAAGUCGCGAAGUUAAUAAAAAACAGACGUGUCUAACGUCGGGUUUCUAUAUUAAAACAAUAACGAGUCGUUAUUUUGAAUACUGGUAAGCCGGAAGAAUAUUUCCGAAUGCCAUCACAAAUACUCAAGUAAAAUACUCACCGGUUUAACAAUGACCAAGUAAGGAUAGUUAAUAACAACAAAUACAUAUUUAAAAUCUUCAAAUGAAAUAUUUUCUCCGAGUUAAGGGCAGGAUAUUCAAGUUUAUUAACAACAUCAGAGGUUUAUUAUUCGACUGUUAUAUAAAUAGGCUUACGUCUGAGAAGUGUCAAGGAUUGUUUGAUAUAUACG